AUGUACGCCAAAAUCAUCACCGUAGCCAUACUGUCUGCCUCCGUGGCGGCUACACAAAGCUUCACCAAUGCUCGCAGCUUCGGUGCCAUGCUGAAGCGCGGUGAGGUUCUCACCAAGCGUCAAGGAUACUAUCCCCAGAGUGAUAUCUGCAACGGCUCGGGAACGACAUGCCAGGAGAUAUGUGGGGCGGAUAAAGUCGAAUGUCCAUCCAGUAAUCCCAACUUCCUGAGGUGUCACUCCACUCUUGACGGCACUCACUGCUGUACCGAUGGGACAGGAAAUGCCUGUGGCCCAGGAGAUUACUGCACCAACGAUGGCGCAGGGAACACCUAUUGCUGCCCUGAAGGCAUCACCGCUGAGAAAUGUGCUCAAGAAUUCGGUAUCUCAGUUUCUCUGAUCCCUGAUGCGCCUACCGGUGGAGUGCCUUCUCCCACUGGGUCGAUCGUCAUCCCUGUUGCGAGCCUUACUGAAGUAUCGUCCAACAUCCCGGCCGAGACGCCUGUCGACAGCGCUACUGAAGACUCCUCAUCCACGUCCGACGAUACCGUCUCGACUUCGACGAAGUCAUCCACCACGCGGCCUCCUGCGCUACCAACCAGCUUUGCUUCCGCCGCUCUCUCAACUUCCAAAGCGCCCAACGCUAUAAGCAGUUCGUCGCUCCCACAGUUCACGGGCGCUGCUGCGAAGGUCGGCAGCGCGGGUAUGGCUAUACUUGUGGGAGGUGCUGGUCUCCUGUUCUUGUAGGGACGAUAUUGCAGCAUAUGGUACUGGCGGUCUUUGUGUGUUGGAAAGUGUCGGCCAUAGGGCUUAUCCCUUGGCUCCUCCUUAGGCAACCAGGCAGCCACCCAUUUACCCGCUAGUACCUUUACGGCCUAGCUCCUUCACUGCCUCUUCCCACUGCGCAUAUAGACCGCUUUCCGAUAGCUCUAAUACAACAUGAUUCUCCCCAACCUUGAUGCUUGACAGAAAGCAAGAACUUGGGUAUAAUGGUUGGAUAGUAACGCCGUACGAGGGACAUGAAACAUGGCGGAAGGACACGGAUAGAUACCACUUACGUUUUGACGCUUUCGCCGGUCUAACUUAGACGCUAACACUCAAAUGUAAACAUCCUUUUUUUCUGUG